AUGCAGGGCAAACACUUGCCUGGAGAGCUCUGGGACCUCUGGCUCCUAUACCGUGCGGUGUUUCCUGACAAAUAUGGGGAGGUGGUGAGGAUGACAUUCCCUCUCCUGGUCCCUUACUCCGACAUCACCACACUCCCGGCGGCGUUUUAUGACACCUCAGCCCCCUUCUUUGACAGCCGCAACGGUGCGAACGUCGACUUGACCAAGGACCGGCAGUGUGGCGGUUGCAGCUACACCAUACAGAAAAACUAUUGCAGUGACAUUUGUCUGCCCCCCAUACCGCCUAAAGCACCGGUGGAUCGCCCACCACCUCAACCGAAAUCCGAUUGCCCGCAACCGGCGAAUCCGUGCCUAAGGCUGAGGGCAGAUCGAUUCGCUUUUUAUUCCGCCUGUGCACCCUGGCCCAUCACAACCGCAUGCAAUGAAUGUGUUAUACGCGAGGCAAAACAUAACUCGGUUGCGCGCAACUGCCUCAGAUGCCAUGAGUAUUGGUCAAGUCCCUUUGUUUCGGGCUACGCUUUCAACCCCUAUGCUCUCAACGUCACAGAUAUUGUCAAUCAAGACGUCUACAUUGGGAAUGACGACUUUCUCUGGGGUUCUGCUCGUUAUCAGAACAUGACGGAUCCUUCGAAACCAUAUAUGAGUGACACAUUCCUGAAGUGCAAAAUCGCCGCGAUCUCGUAUAGUGGAUCCAUCCAAAUUGACGAUCGCAAAUGCCAGCUUCACAUUCGAGACCCGGCCACUGUUACCUAA